AUGCCGGCUCGUGGUCAAAACUUCCUCCUCGAGUGGACACGCAAUCUCGCAAGUGUCAAUCCAGAGCUCGUUCCAGUUAUUUCCUCUGAGCCAAAUGGACCUCUUUCAAUCGCACAUCUUCCACGACCGUCGCUCUUAGUCCUUCCUUGUCAAGGCUCAUCGAAAUCUUCCACCGCAGUUCCAGCUAAUGGCGGUUGUCCUUUUGUCAAGAAAGCCCAAGCCAGUGAUGCAUUGUCGCUCACCUCGAACGCUGUCAAGUCCCCGGCCUAUCCCACGUGGGAAGAUGAUGUACUUGCCCUAUUCACGAUACCCUAUUGGAUCCCUGAAGCGAAAAGAAAAGAGGCAGGUAAGGAUUGGGUCAAGGCCAUGAAUCACUAUGGAUCCUUGGCACUCGACGAUUACGGUGCCGUGAAAGAUAGCAUCGAAUCCAUCUACCAACACCUCCGCUCGAAAUCCAUGCCCAUCACCGCGGAUCCGCAGGACUACUGGCCAGAAGAGGCGUUGGAAACUCUCCGCACUUGGGCUCACAACGGGUUUCCGCUGAAUUCAUCAUCCGUUGUUUAUCCCAAGGUAAUCAUCCCGAAAUCACCGGAGCCUAUUCCAAACUAUCGCGUUCGGCGGGACAUCAUGAGCCUCAGUCCAGAGGAGCUCGCCGUCUACCAGUCCAAACUUGAGAAUGUCUUGGGCGUGGGCGAACUUGGCUCCAAGUGGCAAGAACUUGGACGAAUUCACGCACACUGGUGUCUUCACUAUCAGGAGGCAACUUUCAUGUGGCACCGAGCCUACUUGACAUACGUCGAAGAACUCAUUGACUUUCCGAUCCCUUAUUGGAACGGCUAUGGUGUUGAUGCAGUGACUCAGGACUCCACAUUCGCAGGUGUUCCGUCCGUCUUCUUUGACGAUCACUACAUCUCCCCAGAGGAUCAGAAAACCCGAUGCAAUCCGCUCAAAUACGCCUUGUCUCUGGACGGCGAGUCGAAAUUUCCUGGAAACCGCUAUGUGACGCGCUACCCCUUCCUUUCGGAAAGAGACAAGUCUCCUGAGUGGGCCGAAAAGAUUAGUCUCUUCAAAUUGUACCACGAGCAAAUCACCCAUGCAUUGAGCCAGUCGACGUACACCUCCUCAAAGACGGCAGAAUCUUACGGGAAACCAUGGGCAUUUAUUCUAAAAUUUGGAGACAAUAAUCCAAAUGAUUGGUAUCCUCACCGCUUCGACUUUGAUGGACUCUUUGAACAGGUUCACGAUAACUUCCAUGGCUUCAUCGGCCCAGAUAUGGCGGACAACACUUACACGGCAUUUGAUCCCAUCUUCCUCUCGUACCAUGCCAACAUGGACCGCCUCGCGGGCAUAUUCAUGGAAUCUCACCCUGGCAGCCAGUAUACGUCAAGCUUCCCCCUGCAGCCCUUCAUGGACAAUGGUACCAAAGUGUCCUAUGAUGAUCCCCGCAGAUGGAAAUAUACCACCAUUGGCGACAUGGCCAAAGACACUCGGGCUUUGGGGUAUAUGUACGCUCCGCCCCUUUCCAAGGAUGUUUUCACGCCACCAGUAGUGUUCCCUACACCGGAACCGAGCGGCGGCCGGGCCAUUAGUUUGCCUGCAGAACAACCUCAAGCAGUAAAUGUCUCGGCAAAGCUUGCAGCGGCCCCGGCUACUAAGAAGGUCCCUUACGUGGUAUUCUCUGGCGUUGGCUGCACUGAUUCCAGUUAUCGAAUCGACGUGUUCACACCCCAAGCCAAGUCAUUCGCAGUAGAUGUAGUCGGCAAUCCAGACUUCAUCGGGCAGAUCACUCGUCUAGGGAUGGGCCCUGGAGCAGCCAAUUCUGGACGGCGGAGUACGCGCCGAUGUCAACAGCCUGAAGCAUCCAGGGUGUUGAGUGCAGAAAGGGUUGCAGAUAAACUACGACAGGGAGACGCCGAAAAUGGCAAUGUCCAGAUCAUUGUCACCAACUUGGAAACUGGCGAGAUAGUCUCUGCUGAUGACUAUCUGAAAAUGCCGGGUUUCGAGCCGAAGGUCUUCUGGCUGGAUACGCAGAACUAA